AUGACUUCUCGAUCUCCGACAGUGGGAACUCCACUGCUCAAAUCUUCAGUCGCGCCCGAGACGCCCUUCAACGCGCCAACCUCACCCCGGACCGUACCCUUUCCUUCACCACAGACCUUUGAGAUCAUCCCGCCGCUAUAUGGGAUCCUCGUUCGCUUGCUAUCUCCCAAGAACACAUCAAACGACACAUCGGGCGCACCCGGAGAGAGCACAGGAGCUCCAGGAGCUUCAGCUGAGACCAACCAGGGAGCCCAGCAGCCAAACAAUGGCACUGCAUCACACGAUGUACCAGUCCUUGACCCAACCACUCAUCCACCACUCGAUGUAAAAGAUCUCCCCACCGAAACUAGCUCUGUCCGGAUUCGAAUCCAGAAGGCGCGCACAGUCGUCGAGGGACUACCAGACGUGGAACGAUCUGUUGAGGAGCAACAAACAGAGAUUGCAGAGCUUGAGGACCGUGUGGGACGCUUACGCUCCGUGAUCUCGGACUUUGGGGACCGUGCAGGAAUGCCAAAUGAGGGCAUCAGGGCCUAA